UCACUUUCAGAGUAUUUAAACGGACUCCCUUCGGAACACUUGAUUUAUUUCAACACCGACUGUGUUAGUACAAAGAUAUAAUAAUUUAAAUAAACAAUAUAUUAAAUAUUUCUCAUAAACUCUAAUUAGUUGAAUAUUAGUUGUCGCGAAAAUAGGCGAUUCGGUGAAAGCUCAGAAUUCUUCAUUGAAGAUGGAGAACCGUGCAGAAUUAGUAGAACAAACUGGAGAAGAUUCGAAGCAAAUAUCGCAGGAGCAAAACGACAAUGCGGUGGCUUGUAAGAAGGCACUUUGGAUUUUUGGUUACGGCUCAUUGUGCUGGAAUCCAGGAUUUGAAUAUCAGCAAGCCGUCACUGGUUACGUGAAGGGUUUCUCCAGGAGGUUCUACCAAGGGAAUACUACACAUCGAGGCACUGAAUCGCAGCCGGGCCGAGUAGCGACAUUGGUGGAAGACGAGGAAGGCAUCACCUGGGGCAAAGCGUUCCAAGUCUCGGCCGAGGACAAAGCCGCUUUACCCUACUUGAGCACCAGGGAAUGCCAACUCGGUGGCUACAAAAUUUUCACCGUCAACUUCUAUCCCCGUCCUAUCCUGUCCCCCACAAAUAAUAACUACAUAACUGGUGAGAAGAGAGACGCCCUCAUGUACAUAGCCGUGCCAGAGAACCGACACUGGCUGGGUGAAGCUCCUCUCCUGGACAUAGCGAAACAGAUUUUACAGUGCCGCGGACCAUCUGGGACAAACGUAGAAUAUUUAUUAAGAUUAGCCGAUUUUAUGAGGGAUGAAAUCCCUGAAGCGUUGGACGAUCAUUUGUUCUCUUUAGAGAGACUGGUGAGGAAUCUCGCCGCCGAAAUGAAGGUAUGUUUGAAGAGUAUGAUGGGUGAGGUGGAGAAACAGGAAUUGCCGUUGCAGGAUGCCAAACCAGUCGCUUCUAGCUUCCAGUUCGCUUCCCGGGUACCAGAGAAGAAACUACGUUGUGUAAACAUGUGAUUGAAAUUUCAAAUGAUCGUUCGCGCUAGAUAGAUUUAUCACUUUUUAAGCAUUCGGGUAUUAUUUAGCUAUAUGUGAUAAUAAAGUUUUGGAGUCUUGUUUUGAUAAAAUACAGACGCGUAUCUAUUGUUCCACGGUUACAAUAGGUUCGACUAAUUGAUAAUAAAUAGUAAUGUGAUAUGUUAUGAUUUUGAGACACAGUCUCAUAACAUUCAGAGGAUGAGUGCUAAAUGACUUCCUGUGGGAUCGAAGACUUACUAUGGUGUGUUUAUUUUAAUUCGUUUCUAUUCAAUCACAAUUAUACAAUUUAAUUGGAUUUAUUUACAUUUCGCAAAAGUGUUUUUUUUACUUUACGAGUACAUCAGUAAGUGACAGUCGAGUAGGUAUCACUUUUGAUCGGGUGGGCCGUAUGUUUGUUUGCCAUUCCAAUAAAAAACAAAUAAUGAUAUCGCGUUAUUAACUUUGUACAAAGUUAAAUAAUUUUGUAAUAUUUUAUUGUAAUCUAUUUUGUAUAGUUUUAUUGUUUCUUUGACUAUUUUUUUUAAAUUGUGAUAUAAAUAAUUCUGUUUUAUGUAUAAAUAAGGAUUUGUAGGAUCCAAUAAAUAUUUUGCGCAUACUUUUCUUAAUGACCCAUAGUAAGUUAAUAUUUUACGCACAGACACCAUUUAGACCAAAUAAUAAUGUAAUUGACAAGUAUUAUUAUUUAUUAAUGCUGUAUAAAAUAGAUUAAGUUUUAAUUAUUGUUUGUAUAAUAAUAAAUUUAUGUCGAUCCAAGUGUGUCAUUGUGUUAAACUUAAUUAAUUUGAUUGUAUCGAAUUAUAUGCCCCUAACAUUCAA